AUGACUGAGGUGAUUCCUCACAACAGCUUCGACACCAUCCUGGUGCUCGACAAUGGAUCGCAAUACACCCACCUCAUUACCCGCCGUCUACGAGAGAUCAAUGUCUACUCUGAGAUGCUCCCCUGCACCCAGAAGCUGGCCGAUCUUGGCUGGAGCCCCAAGGGAAUCAUCCUGUCCGGUGGUCCCUACUCCGUUUACGAGAAGGACGCCCCCCACAUUGACCCCGCCUUCUUCGAAUUGGGCGUCCCCAUUCUCGGAAUUUGCUACGGUCUCCAGGAGAUCGCCCACCGUCUGCACGCCGACAACGUUGUCGCUGGUACUGCCCGCGAGUACGGUCACGCUGACCUGAAGGCCACCCGUUUCGGAGGCCAUGUCGACAAGCUCUUCGAGGGUCUCGAGGACGCCAUGACCGUCUGGAUGUCCCACGGUGACAAGCUUUGCAACCUCCCCGAGGGUUUCCACACCAUCGGCACAACCAAGAACUCUGAGUACGCUGCCAUCGCACACCAGACUGAGCCCGUUUACGGCAUCCAGUUCCACCCCGAGGUUACCCACACCCCUCAGGGCGGUCAACUCCUUAAGAACUUUGCUGUUGGCAUUUGUGGUGCCAAGCAGACCUGGUCCAUGUCUGAGUUCAUUGGCCAGGAGAUCACCCGUAUCCGCAACCUCGUUGGCCCUACCGGCCAGGUCCUGGGUGCCGUUAGCGGUGGUGUCGACUCUACCGUCGCUGCCAAGCUGAUGACCGAGGCUAUUGGUGACCGUUUCCACGCUGUCUUGGUCGACAACGGCUGCAUGCGCCUGAACGAGUGUGCUCUCGUCAAGGACGUUCUCCAGGAGCAGCUCGGUAUCAACCUUACCGUUGUCGAUGCUUCCGAGGAGUUCCUCGCUGGUCUCAAGGGUGUCCACGACCCCGAGCAGAAGCGCAAGUUCAUUGGUGGCAAGUUUAUCGAUGUCUUUGAGGAGGAGGCCCGCAAGAUCGAGGCCAAGAACGCCGGCAAGGUCGAGUGGUUCUUGCAGGGAACUCUCUACCCUGAUGUCAUUGAGAGUAUCUCUUUCAAGGGACCUUCCCAGACUAUCAAGACCCACCACAACGUUGGCGGUAUCGCCGAGCGUCUCAUGGCCGGUCACGGUCUCAAGCUGAUUGAGCCCCUCCGCGAACUCUUCAAGGACGAGGUCCGCGAGCUUGGUCGCCAGCUUAACAUCUCUGCCGAGCUUGUCGGUCGUCACCCCUUCCCUGGCCCCGGUCUCGCUAUCCGUGUCUUGGGUGAGGUCACCAAGGAGAAGGUCGAGGCUGCCCGUCACGCCGACCACAUCUUCAUUGGUAUGAUCCGCGAGGCCGGUCUCUACGACGACAUUGGCCAGGCCUACGCCGCUCUGGACCCCUCCCGUGCCGUUGGUGUCAUGGGUGACAAGCGCGUGUACGCCAACAUCAUUCUCCUCCGCGCCAUCUCCACCAAGGACUUCAUGACUGCCACCCCCUACCCCUUCAGCUACGAUUUCCUGACCAAGGUCUCUACCCGCAUCGUCAACGAGGUCCAGGGUGUUUGCCGUGUCGCCUACGACUUUACCAGCAAGCCCCCCGGUACCAUUGAGAUGGAGUAG